GUCAGCAGGACACUGGGGCCCAGGAACAUGGGAACCUCGACCCCGGGCUCCCGGGAGGAACCCGACCAUGGCGGGGCGCUUGGGGCCGUCUCUUCUCGCUUCACCCAGAGCCUUAUGUAAGAGCUUUUCUCGGGAAACAGGAAGUCGUGUUUGCCAAGUUCAGCACAGAGAGAUGUGCCGGCCGUAUUCCAGCACACCCGGCCCGGCCUUAACCCCAGAGCCCGGCCCGUUUCUUGCUUCAGAGACCCUGGAUCUCCCCGCUGGCCUCUCCCCCCCCUUCUUGCCUUCAGUCAGUCCUAGCAAACUCCCCCAGAGAUCGCUCCUCGGCCUGAGCCAGGGGGUCUUCCACCCUCAUCCCUUGACCCUCCACACUGCCCAGCUUGUCCCUUCAUCCCUGCUCCUGGCACCAUGCCCCACCGCCAGCCAACCUUCCCUCCCCCACUGCUGGGGCCGCCCCAGGUUCCUGUGCUUUGGCCGCUCCUUCUGGGCGCCUCCUGGGUGCCACCGCAGCCCUGUGCUUCCUCGAGGGACGGGCACCACAUUCUCCGGAGGCUGCAGGGUGGGGGUCUCAGCAACACUGGCCCCACAGCAGCGUGCCAGGAGCACCCAGUGCCCUAGCUUGCUUUCCUCCUCCCUCCUUUUUAUUCUCAAGUUCCUUUUUAUUUCUCCCUUGCGUAACGCCCUUCUCCCUUCUGCACCACUGCCUGCACCUCCUUGCCACCCACUCCUGAAGCCACCGCUGUUGGCAGGGUCCCCAGCUCAUGCCAGCCUCAUCUCCUUCCUUUCUAGCCCCCAAAGGGCCCCCGGGAGACAUGGGGGGCCGGGGCCGAGAGCCGGCACUCUCAGUUGCCCUCUGGUUGAGUUGGGGGGCGGCUUUGGGGGCUGUGGCUUGUGCCAUGGCUCUGCUGAUCCAACAAACAGAGCUGCAAAUCCUACGAAGAGAGGUGACCCAGCUGCAGAGGACUGGAGGGCCCUCUGGAAAGGGGGAAGGGUCCCCAUGGCUGAGCCUCCAGGAGCAGAUCCUGGAGGACAGCCAGCACCAAGCCUCAGGCUGCUGGGGAAAGAGCCCUGACAGCCCGGGAGCCCUGGAGAACGGGGAGAGGUCCCGGAGAAAGAGAGCAGUGCUCGCCCAUAAGCAGAAGAGGAAGCACUCGGUUCUGCACCUUGUUCCCCUUAACAUGACCUCCAAGGCGGACUCUGAUGUGACAGAGUUGAUGUGGCAACCGGCUCUUAGGCGUGGGAGAGGUCUGGAGGCCCAAGGAUACGUAGUUCGAGUCUGGGAUGCUGGAGUGUAUCUGCUCUAUAGCCAGGUCCUGUUUCACGAUGUGACUUUCACCAUGGGUCAAGUGGUGUCUCGGGAGGGCCAGGGGAAGCAGGAGACCCUAUUCCGCUGUAUACGAAGCAUGCCCUCCAACCCAGACUGGGCCUACAAUAGCUGCUACAGCGCAGGCGUCUUCCAUUUACACCACGGGGACGUUCUGAGCGUCACAGUCCCCCGCGCAAGGGCCAAGCUUAGCCUCUCUCCACACGGAACCUUCCUGGGGUUCGUGAAACUGUGAUUGUUACAGAAGGUGGUCCUGGGCUUGGAGGACCAGCGCGGGUCGGGUACAGCUGGGAGAAGCCAGAAGCUGACUAGACAAAGGGCAGGGAACGCGAAGCAACAGAGGUUUCUUCUGGGUUUAACUGGAACCCUCAGUUGGACAACUCAUGACUCUCUGUUCCUCCCUUUUCCCUUUCCACUCCAACCCCUAGACUGUGAUUUCAGGAAUACAAAGGAGGGAGACUAUCUUGCUUUUGUCUCUGAUCUAGCCCCAGAUUCUUGGGGCUGUGGAGGGCGAGGAGAGAAUGCCAGGCAUUGUCUCCCUGCUCCGGGCCCUGGAAGGCUUCCAGGACGGCACCGCCACCUAGCGGCGGCCCGGGAGAACCGCCCGCCGGCGGGAGUGCACAAAGCCGCCCCGCGCGAGGAAACUCCCGGCUCCUGCGCCGCACCUUCCUCGAGGCGUCCAUCCUGUCUCUUCGCCGCACCCUCGCUUCCCUCCAUCCACUGCGCCUUGGCUUCCAUCACGAGAGGACUAUUUAUUACGGGACUCGGCAGGGGAUGCCCGACGACGACGACGGUCCCCGUGCAGCCACGUUCCUCUUUGGGUCCCAGGUUUUGCCUUUCAUGCUCGGCAUCCCCCGGCGGGGCAGGCCGCUCCAAGCCCCUCUGGGCUGAGACGGGUCGCCGGGGAGCCUUGGAUGAAUCCACCGCACGUCUUGAUGCUGGUCUUGCCUCACGCCUGAGCUCUUUGUUCUACUCAAAGUUAAUAAAAGAGAAUAAGUGAUA